AAUUAACAAACGCAAAUUAUGUGACGAAUCGUUCGUGCGCGUGAACAUUUUAUGCGAUUAAAAACUCAGUUAGCCCAUGGUCCGGGGUUAGGCUGCGUAAAAAAAAAUGUUUUUGAUAUUUUACUUGUAGAUUAUGAAUGUUUCUAAUUUUUAUUUAAAUAAUUGAUGAAACAACUCAGACUAUGCUCAGACUGUGCAGAAUCUAAUUCAGCUGGUGCGCAACCGGAAGGGCUUGAGCAGAGGUCACUCUCUACGUUCUGCGCUGCAGAGAGAAGCUGGUCCUUUGAACAAGGUGGAACAUUCUCCGACAAUUUCGGCAAAAAUUUAUCAGUUUCUACCGCCAGAAAAUCUACUGAAAUCCGACAUUGUCCAGAGCAUAACCUGUUGGGCUGGGUAUGUCUCCGUCUUGGACCACCGCCUAUUAUGGCCGACCACAUCCCUAGUCUCCACCAAUCAGGGGGGUCUUCUUAUCAGCAUCAACAGCGUCGCACGACAAGACGAGGUGCCACUGCCACCACCUCCACUGUUGCCUCUACAUCCAUCAAUCACUACGAAGCUUUGACGAGCACUCAUCCUGCUCCUGUCAACAAGCAAACAGCAAAGAUAAGCAAUUACAAGGUUACUGGCGAGGCAUCAAAACGCAAAUCUGAACCCUUAAACCUGAGCAUCCCUGCCAAGCAGCCAGCCCGUGAAAUCCAAGAGGUCAAGCUAAACGCAACCAUCCAGUUUGCGCAUUUCGGUUCAGCGCUGUCAUCACCGAGUUUCAUCACAAAAUACCCGGCUUCAAACGAGAAAACUUUGCCGGUGGAACUGAACGCAUUUGAUAGACAUCUGACCUUUGAAAGUACCAGCCAUUCUUCUUCAUCUACGUCGGUUGUCUCGGGGCAGCCGUUGUUGAAUAGCAAUCGAGAACGGUCUAGGAGCAGGAGCCGAACCACCGAGACUAAGCCUGCCAAGGAGGACCACCCUCACCACCCACUUCUAAAAGAUACCCGGGUCUGCAUACCAGAUAACAGUAGUGGCAAGAAGAGGAAAGCCAGUAGCUCCUCCUCAGCUGGCUCGUCCGCCAGCAGCGAAGCCACCAUUGGGGAGAAACACAGCAAGCUACGGCUGCGUGCCGCCCACGAUCAGCAGGAAUCAGAAACUAGGGAGGCCAGCCUUCCAGGACUGAGUGAAGAGAUCCCUCUAAUUACCUUCCGGUCUCUGCGCUCGUACUCAAGGGACCAUCCUUAUCAAUACGAGGCCUUGGACUACUACGCGCCGCGCCGCACGCCAGGCAGGACGAGUACCCAACGCAGGGCUGCCCCACCCUGGGGCGCCAGCACCUCGACAACUGUUUCCUCACCCCCAACAACAUCAGCAUCUAAGUCUGAGUCCAAGACACCCAUUGGAACCUCCUCAACUGCUGCAGCUUCUUCUGGGACAGCAAGAUCACGUGCUUCUUCAUUGUUUAGUGGACUCAGUAAUAGAUCUGCAGAGAACACCUCUGCAGAGUCGGUAGGCAGCGGCACCCAUCACACGCAGCCUUCCACCUCUGGGGUCAGCACCCGCCAGAAGGCAAGCCGCAGCCGGGCAUCCUCCACCCCAACAUCUGGGGUUGAAGAGAAAGGUACAGCCCUUCCGGUGAACCUGAAAGGCCCACUUAAAGGCAGGGCCACCUCAAGUAAAGGCAAGUCAAAGGCAAGGACCUCAUCUCCCAAACCAGACAGCUCCCGGCAGCGUGCCACAGAUACCAACACGGGAACCUGCGCCAGCACAAGAAGUAGGCGCAGCUCGGGGAUGAGCAAGAGAGGACAAAGCGGGGCCAGCAGAUCAGACACCUCAUCUGGACGAGACACCACUGCUGAGGGUGCUUCAGCUACUGGUCGCAACGCUAACGAGGACUCAGCCCCCGGGGCCACUGCUACAGCUUCAGGCUCAGGGGGAGGAGCUCCAGCCUUGGCCCUUGGAGGGGAGGGUGAGUCUGAUGAUUCUGAAGUGGGCAGACUUCAAGCCUUGUUAGAAGCAAGGGGCCUGCCGCCACACCUGUUCAAUGCUCUGGGACCUCGUAUGCACCAGCUGCUACACAGAAGCAUGGGUACCGGAGCUAGUAGCAGAGCCCACCAGCUCUUGACCGGCCUGCAAGCCAGUGGAGAUGAGAGCCAGCAGCUGCAAGCCGUCAUUGAGAUGUGUCAGCUACUGGUCAUGGGCAAUGAGGACACACUAGGCGGGUUCCCCGUCAAGCAGGUGGUGCCUGCACUUACCACACUACUGGCCAUGGAGCACAACUUUGACAUUAUGAACCAUGCUUGCCGAGCACUCACCUACAUGAUGGAGGCCCUGCCUAGGUCCUCCACUGUUGUAAUGGAUGCCAUUCCUGUUUUCUUAGAAAAGUUACAAGUGAUUCAGUGCAUGGAUGUUGCGGAGCAGUCUCUGACUGCACUAGAAAUGCUGUCCAGAAGACACAGCAAGGCCAUUGUGCAAGCUGGUGGUCUGGCCUCAUGCCUGCUGUACAUUGAGUUCUUCUCCAUUGCUGCCCAGCGCAAUGCCCUGGCAGUCGCUGCUAACUGUUGUCAGAGCAUCGGGAGUGAUGAGUUCAAUCUAGUGGUGGAAUCUCUGAUCCUGCUGACUGGUAGACUCCAGCAUCAGGACAAGAAAUCUGUGGAGAGUUGCUGCCUGUGCUUUGCUCGUCUGGUGGACAACUUUCAGCAUGAUGACAAGCGUCUGCAGCAGAUAGCCUCCCAUGGCCUACUGACCAACCUACAACAGCUGCUUGUUGUGAGCCCACCGAUAGUCAGCACUGGUACAUUUAUCAUGGUCAUCCGCAUGCUGUCUCUCAUGUGCUCAAGCUGCCCAGGGAUAGCUGUACAGCUUCUUAAACAAAAUAUUGCAGAAACAAUUAGCUACCUCUUGAUGGGCUCCUCAGAACAAGCAAGCCAAGAAAUUGAGCUGGUUCCUAGAAGUCCCCAGGAGCUGUAUGAAAUCACAUCAUUAAUCGGGGAACUGAUGCCCAAGCUGCCCAGCGACGGGAUCUUCUCCAUCAACACUAUGAUAAGGAAAGGUAACCAUCAGGUACCAGACUCUGCCAUCUGGCAGUGGAGAGAUGACAGGGGCAUGUGGCAUAGCUACACACGCAUCGACAAUAGGAUCAUUGAGGCUGCCCACCAGGCAGGUGAAGAUGAAGUCUGCCUGUCUACUAUGGGACGUACCUACACCAUUGAUUUCAAUGCCAUGCAGCAGAUCAAUGAGGACACAGGCACAGCCAGGCCUGUCCAGAGACAGCCCAACCCAGCCUGCUCUGCCUCCUCGGCAGCAGCCAACUCUACCCCAAAUGAGGAUGCCCGGGCAACCCUCCUGAAGGAAGAUCCUGACCUAGCCGCGCUGUUUAUCAAGGCACUCUUUGCAGUGCUAUAUGAAGUCUACAGCUCAUCGGCGGGGCCAGCUGUGAGGCAUAAAUGCUUGAAGGCCAUUCUGAGAAUGGUGUACUUUGCUGAGGCUGACCUGCUCCAAGAUAUUUUAAAGAAUCAUGCCGUAUCCAGUCACAUAGCAGCCAUGAUGUCAUCGCAGGAUUAUAAGGUUGUAGUUGGAGCUCUGCAGAUGGCAGAGAUACUGAUGCAGAAACUGCCCGAGAUCUUCCAUGUUUACUUCAGACGGGAAGGGGUCAUGCAUCAGGUCAAGCUUCUAGCUGAGUCCCCCAUCGAGGCAGACUCUUCACCACCCCUCAAGCCCAAGACUAGUACCCCCAGCACAUCCAGAGAGGCAUCCCAGGGCAGAGACCUGGGCAGUGCCGAUGUGGGGGCUGACUUUGACACACCACCACAAGGAAGACUAAGUGACGUCCUGAAAUGGAAGAGACCACCCAAGCGCACAGUGGGACGCAAAAGUAAGUAUGCAAGCAACGAUGAUAGCAGUACAUCACCAUCUCCAUUUGAUGUCUUAGAGGCCCACCAUACCAGGCUGAGUAGCAUGGCAGUAACUGGAGCUGGCAAGUCCACACCCACAGGUCGACCCUCGGCUGCAGCCAAGGGAAAAGCUGCUAUUGGCAAAAAUUCAGGUGCCAGCCAGCGCUCGUCAUUCCUCUCCUCCCUCAAUCCAUCCCGUUGGGGGCGCUCCAACAGCAGUGGCAAUGGUGUCACCCCAGCAAGUGGCAAUUCCAACUCCUCAGGCUCCACCCCACCCUCGGACAAAUCCUCCUUCUCUUCCUCAUCCCGGGAGUCUGGUCUGCACAGAGCUGGUUCACACCAUGGCCAUCAUCAUCACUAUCAUCAAGCUGCUGAUGCCAGAGCCUUUGGGCUGGACAGUCAUCAGGGAAUUGGGUCUGGGGCCUCUGUGCACCUGGGCACAGCUGGGAGCAGUGGUGGCAGCAGCAGCCAGAAAGAGAAGGUCAAACAGUGGAUCAAAGAGCAAGCCAACAAAUUUAUUAACCAGUACUUUGGAGUGGAGAUGCAGGGAGACAGCCAUCCAGCCCUGGGCAUGCUGAACAAGCUGUGCCUGGCUGUGGACCAACUACUCCUGGAGAAAGAGCAGGGAAUUGACUGUCUGCAAGACAUUGCCAACAUCCUGACCAACUCCGAUGUGUCGCCGUUUGAAAUACUGCACAGCGGCCUGGUCAGCAGACUGCUCAACUUCCUGACAUCAAACAGUGGAAGGGAGGUCUUAAACCGCAACACCAGACUCAAACGAUUCCUGCAUGUUUUUCUUCAUUGUCCGCUGCCAAAUGCUGCACCUAUCCGGGCUGUAGACCAACUGGUUACCCCUCCCUUUGUGGCCCUUGUCAGCAAAGUCAAUGGCUGUAUCAACCACCUGGAGCAGUUCCCGGUCAAAGUUCACGACCUUCCUGGGGGCAGCAGCUCAGGGACCCGGGGCUCACAGGCCCUUAAGUUCUUCAACACCCAUCAGUUAAAGUGCCAGCUGCAGCGCCACCCAGAAUGCACUACUCUACGACAGUGGAGGGGUGGACCUGUCAAGAUUGACCCCCUAGCCUUAGUUCAAGCCAUUGAGAGGUAUCUGGUUGUCCGAGGCUAUGGUAGAUUGAGACAGGAGGAUGAGGACAGUGACGACGAUGCAUCAGAUGAUGACAUUGAUGAAUCACUGGCUGCAGCCUUCUCCAGCUCCAACAUGAACAUCAAGCACAAGCUGGAGUUUGUCAUCAAUGACCGGACCCUGCCCUACAACAUGACCGUCUACCAGUCUAUCAAGCAGUUUGGCAGCAUGACAGAGGAUGACCGAGACACAGAUGAUGAGAGUAACCCACUGGGAAGGGCUGGCAUAUGGAUCAAGACCCACAUCAUAUGGUAUCGCCCAGCCAGUGAGAACAGCCCCGAGGUGUCACAAGGCACUCCAAAAUCAGCCACGAGUAACAGCAGCAACACCAGCAUUGGCAGUGGUGGUGGAGGUGCUAGCAGCAGCAGCAGCAGCAGCAGUACCACCAAGAGAGGGAAAGGGACAGGUAGCAGCAAGGCUGCCAGCAAGGCCAGGAAACAUGAUGAACUCUGGCUAGAUGGUAUCUGCCCAACGUACAUCUCUCCAUUGGAGCUUUACCUCACACCCAAGUUGCCUGGAGGGGUCGUGAUUGAUGACCCAUCGGUGGAGGCCAUAUCUCUGCUCCGUGUUCUCUAUGGACUCUGUAAACACUGGAACUGCCUCUAUGAGGGAGCUGCACCACAGCCUGCUCUCAGCCCAUCAGAGCUGACCAACAGUAAGCUCAUGGCCAAAGCAGCCAGACAACUUCAGGACCCCUUGGUCAUCAUGACGGGCAACUUACCUUCUUGGCUAAAUGCAGUGGCGAGAGCAUGUCCCUUCCUGUUGCCCUUUGACACGCGGCAGAUGCUGUUCUAUGCCACCGCGUUUGACCGUGACCGGGCCAUGCAGCGGCUACAGGAGAACAACCCUGACAUGAACACGUCAGAUACCAAUGAGAGAGUAGCUCCCAGGCUGGACAGGAGAAAGAGAACAGUCUCCAGAGAUGACCUCCUGAAGCAGGCAGAGACCGUGAUGGAUGACCUAGCUGGCUCAAGAGCCAUCCUAGAGAUCCAAUACAACAAUGAGGUUGGGACAGGCCUAGGUCCAACGCUAGAAUUCUAUGCACUAGUUUCCCAGGAACUUCAGAGGGCUGACCUGGACAUUUGGAGGGGUGAACAUGUGAUGCUACUUGAGGCCAAGGGGGCACAAGCAGGGGUGAAGUAUGUCCACUCCACCCAAGGCCUAUUCCCUGCCCCACUCAGCCGCAGUGCCAAGAGCCAGGCUGUCAACAAGAUCAAGGCCAAGUUCCGAUUCCUAGGCAAGUUUAUGGCCAAGGCACUCAUGGACUCCAGAAUGAUCGACAUACCUCUGAGCCUUCCCUUCUACAAGUGGCUACUGGGCAAGUCAGAGUCCCUCAACUCCUAUGACUUGCAGUACAUUGAUCCAGUCCUGGCUCGCUCCUUCUUCCAAUUAGAAGAACUCAUGCAGCAGAAGAAGAAGCUACUGGAAGACAGCUCACAUACACCGGCCAGCCUGCAGUUGGCUCUAGACAGCCUGACCAUUGAUGGCAGUGCCAUGGAAGACUUGGGACUAGACUUCACCCUGCCUGGCUAUGGCAACAUUGAGCUGAAGAAAGGCGGCAAGGAUACAUUGGUCACUAUACACAACCUAGAAGAGUAUCUCAAGCUUGUGACUCACUGGACUCUUGUAGAAGGGGUGUCCAGGCAGUUUGAGGCCCUGCGAGAUGGCUUUCAGUCAGUCUUCCCAUUGUCCAAUCUUCAGAGCUUCUACCCAGAAGAGAUGGACCAGAUGUUCUGUGGUAAUAGCAGUGAACCCUGGGACAUCAAGACCUUGAUAGAAUGCUGCCGUCCUGACCAUGGCUACACACAUGACAGCUCUGCUGUGAAGUUUCUCUUUGAGAUCAUGGCAUCAUACAAUCCCCAGCAGCAGAGACAGUUCCUACAGUUUGUCACUGGAAGCCCCAGGCUACCUGUUGGGGGUUUCAAGGCCCUGACUCCACCCCUGACCAUUGUCCGUAAGACCUUUGAGACCUCAGAGAAUCCAGACAACUUCCUGCCAUCUGUCAUGACCUGUGUCAACUACCUGAAACUGCCGGACUACAGCUCCUCAGAGAUCAUGCAAAUCAAGCUGCGACUGGCUGCUGAAGAAGGACAGCUGUCAUUCCACCUUUCAUAACAAAGGUGUUUGAAAACAAACUUUCAGGAGUUCAACCAGGAAAAGAGAGUGUAUGGAAAGAAAGACCCUGCUUGGAUUUAUUAUGAAGUAGGAAGUGAUCAUUUUAUUACUGUGCUGCAAGAAAAGUUUUGUUAUACUUGAUGUUCCCUGAUGCAUCUUUGUUCAUCAGUAGUUACAAUGCAGUUUUGCUGUGUCGACCAGAUCCCAAAAGCUGAGAAGAAAAAUGAUGUUGACAUUUCUGCCACUUGUGGAUUUUUUGGUUGGUGCACUGUGCGUGGAUAAAGAGGAAAGUGAGUGACAAAUUUGCCAAUUGUGCAUAGCAUGUAAAAAGAAAAAUAUACUCUCUUUCAGAUGUGUCCAAUUUUUUUGUUGAUUGUAAAGGAUUACUUUAAUUUGACCAAUGCAAAGAGUUGGGACUCGAAACAAAGUCAUACAUGCCUGUGGUUAGAUGCCUUAACCCUAACAAUCCCCAUCCACUCAAACUCCAACACAAGUGUUUGUUGGAAUCUAGUGAGUACUGCACUAGUAAACUGAUUAUGCUCUACAUAGGGUUUGGCAUACCACCAAUAAUCAGAGUCCAACAGUUUAUGUGUACAGUUUACCACAUGGUGUUGGAAUUUGCCUGAGUGAAGAAGAGCCCUAGUAAAUCACUAUAGGGGGUUAGGGUUAUAGUCUAGAGGCUAGACGUUGUUAUUGUUUGUACGCGAUAGCCCGCCGCGCCACCGCGAUAACCGGCCGCCGUGCGAGGGCGCUAUCACGAGAAACCAAUAUCGCCCGCGAACCCGUCAGAACAACGUCUAGAUCACUUGCUAAAAUCUCCCCCUGAAAAAUGGGGGAAAUUAGUGCGCAUGCAUGACUUCUGCAGGCAAUUACAGUCCAUGUUCAGUCCCACACAUACUACACACAACAAAAGAACUGACCAGUGAGAUUGCACAAAAGUCUUGCUGCAGCUUCUAACCUACUGGAAGAAAUUUGAGAGUUUGCUUCGGAACUACUAUGAAUUUUUAAAAUUGCACACUGCAUAUAUUAGGCCAAACAGGUGCGGGCGCAUUACACAACCAAUAGCAAGUGAUCUAGACAUUGUUGUGACGGGUUUGUGGGCAAUAUUGGUUGGUCGUGAUAGUGCCCUCGCGUGGCGGCCGGUUAUCGCGGCGGCGCAGCAGGCUAUCGCAUACAAACAACAACAACGUCUAGACUAUUAGGGUUAAGGCAACUGACUCAUCUGCUGUCACACUAAUCAAAGCUAAAGUAAAGCAUUUACAUGUUGAACAAAUGGGCAUAGAUUAAGCUGAAGGGUUUGGGUAUUCAAGAAUCCUUUACUUGAGUCAUUUCUGUGGACGUUUCUUGUGGUAAGGUCAUUAGGCAUAUUAUGCUGGUGAUCAAGCAGCUUUGGCAUUGAGAUAUAGAUGACCAAAGUCCCUUAUUAAAACAAUGCAUAUUAGUGUUGCCAGGAAAGAUGAGGAUUGACGUUAAAGAAGAGAUUGAUUGAUUGACAAGUGGGUAAGUCCUUUGGUCAGAAGCAUAGUUUGAGAUUUGCUGCUAGCAAGAAUAAGACCAGUACCCCUGCGGAGGAAGUGGGUUGCUCAAGAGGCCAGACAGGCUACAUAGUAUAUGAUGUUUGGUCACUGAACCAACUGUAGCACUGUUUCUGACUGUUUUCUAGAAAUUUCUUUGUUUGGGGUAAAACAAACUUUGUCAUUGUUGAUAAGCGGAAGCCAAGAGAAGCCAUGUCGCUAAUACAUAUAUAUCAAUGAUACUUGCAGGAAGCAUCGUUACUGAUGGCAAGGCUAACCAGUUUGCAAGAACAAAAAAAAAACACUUGUCACAGAGGUAUUAGACCACUAUGCAUCUUACCAGAAGCCUACAUACCAGAAAGCAAAUGCUGCUCUGAGCACGUUUUUCUUUUGAUAAGAUACUUACUAUUUACCUGGAUGCCUUACCGUUGACUUUCAUCCUGGACAAAUGUAAAGAAUCUUUGCACUGGACCUGCAAAGCUGUAUUCUGUCGGCAUCACCAAAGUUUCCUGGUAGCCACAAAUUGUGAAGUGGUUGUUUUGUGCCCUCCAAGUAGUAAUGCUUAGAGCUGACAGUGUUUGUCCAUAAAGAAGGAAUUCAGUACAGAGGUAUGAGGGAUUGUCUUGUGGAAAUGGAAGAGGGGGAGGGGGAAUAGACUUGGUUCUUAUGUCUAAAUUAGUUGAAGCUUAAGUAAAGAAUGAUUUAAUGCAAUUGUUUGGAAGUGAAACAUCUUCAGGCAACUUAAUUCAUGUCUUGGUAACAUCCUGCAUAAUCUAUUCAAUAUUAUCCCAGUGUACUUGUCUUUUCAUCCAGGCUGAAUUUUAUGGGGGACAAUUGUUCAGUGAAUAGCAUACCAUAAGUCCUUCAUUCUUGCACCAUGGUGUUUAUUUGACUGAUUCUCGGCAUCAAUUUAAUUUCCCAUCAUUACAAAGAAUUUACUGAGCAAUAUUUCUGUGUACUUACUUCCCCCGGCGUACAGUGAUCGUUUUGGUGAAUGUUUUAGUUGAUUUUGUGCCAUGAGAUUUGACCUGAGCAGCUUCUGCAACAGUGUUAAUUCAUACCUUGUCUAUAUCUCACCUGAAAUAGCAUAUAUUUUUAUUAGUCCCUCAUGCAUGAGGAUGUAGAAGUCCAAGUGCUCAAAAUUGGCAUAGCAUGUUACUCAAAGCAUAUUAAAAACAAGCAGAGUUUUAGAAAGAAAGUCUCAAGAAAUGUAGCAUCUGGUUUUGGGUUAAUCACAAUUUUGAAAUCGUUCAAAGGUUUCUUUCUUUGUUACAUGUACUUUUUUUUCCUCAUUACAUGUACAACAAUUCUCUGUGACUUUUCUUCUCAACAGUAGAGUACAUUAAGUGGAAAGUUGGAACGAACAUCAACCAUAAUCCUAAGGUGUGCAAAGUACUGUGACCUUGUGAUGACGUUAGCAGGUAUCGAUUGACGUGUGCUUUCUUUUUAGUACUCGUGAACGUACUCAAAACCACACGUUUAUCAGUAGUUGAUUCCCAGGAGUAAAAUCGCCUCUCCUUUACUUCUGGGGAAACAGGAAGGCUAAUGUUAAGUGAAUUCAAAACACCAACAGAAGUCUGACAAACAAGCAUGCCCAAUUUCGUCCAAACGGUGUAUGGGUUGAACAUGAAACCUUACAUGAACCAUGGUCAUCGAUGUGCAUAAAUUUGGAACGUCAUGGUUUUCGUUUUUGUGUGUUUCUUUGUUUGGAUUUUUUUUUCUCCACAGUGACUUUUCAUAAUUAUUGAGCUUAACAUCAUAAUUGUAUUGGAAGGAUGCAGGAUGCGAUCACCCUGCGUGUUCAUUUGGGGUCUAAAAGUAAAACUCUGCUUGUUGCGCCCCCCCCCCCCUUCUUUCUAAUAUUUUGUUUUCUUGAAAGGAAGUUAUCUUCUCCAAAGACUACUUGCACAACUAUUUGUAGCUGCAUUUGUGUACUCCAACUGAAAAUAUUGAUUGAUUUUGUGAACAAAUUAAUAACUGGAUAAAGUGAUUAUGAAGAGUGCAGAGACCUUUAUAUGUUAUGUACAUACAUUGUCAGCACGUCCGGAAACAAUAAAGUGAUGCUUUAUAGGCGGAGAGGAAGAUCUCCAAAAGCAUUGGAAAAUACAUGUAUGUAUAGGUUUAUCGUGAAUCUUAAAAUUACAAUAUGAGUUAUCUUCCGAUACAAAAGAAUGUACAGGAGUGUAGAUACAUGUAACGAAACGUGUUACAUUUAAUAGGCCAAUUUCCUUGUGCGUAUUUCUCUGUGUUGUUGGCUGAGGGAGCAGUUGGCCCAAUUAAAUUGGUUUUGGCAAGUACUUUCUGGUUCGUUGUGCUACACCUGAAAUUUCUUUUGUAAACUAGGGUGAAUUUAUUUUCAUCGCACCGAAUUUAUUUAUUCAAGGAACUUUUUUAAUAUACGUGGGCACGCAUUAUUAUUAUUUUUUUGAAACGAAGAAUACUACAAACUAUUCAUUCCACAAAAUCGACAUGCGUAACUUUGCAGCCCGUUGGUGUAUGACGGUCAGAAUUGUUGUUUGUUCCGGGAACAAACAAGGCUACUGCCUUUCAAAGGCUCACCGUACCGUACCGUACCGUACCGUACCGACCGACAAGAUUUUUUUUUUAUUAUUCGUAGCUUUUAUGCGCAUGACUUGAUAUAAUUGAAUCUUGAAAUGAAAAUGUCCAGUACCAGGGAAAGGGAAAUUUGUAUUUAAUUGUGGCACUGCCCGUACGAUACCCAUUCCCAACUGGGUAGUAUUUUUCAAGACCCCAAAAUAAAACAAACAUAUCUGCACUGACAUACAAACAAUUAUUUCCUCAUUUUGGCAUGAAACAUUUAUGUUCAAGAGAGUUGUUUGGAUAAGUUGUCUCUUCACAUUUCAUCUAUGUGACCCGGGCUGCAGUCCCAACCAGGCCAACAUACGUUGAUCGGUCCCUGUCUUAUUCCGUGGGCUUUCCCCUUGGAUUUCAUUGCCGAAACAUUAUGUUUCUUCAGGCUUGCAAUCUAACUGCCAUUAGGCGUUUUGUAAGGAGCAUGUGGUUUUAUUCGAAGAAAGAAAAAUUAACGUUAUUUUCGGCGUGUAGAAAUUGGGAUUUUUACUUUGCCGACUCUCCCUGCGCCCCAAAAAGUGAGAGAAAAAAGUGAUGGCCUCCGCAUCCGCAGUAAGAGUUGGUUCGUUGCCAAUUAUUUCCGGGGGGAAAAAAGCUGCAAGCAAUAUUAAGCGGAGUAACUCCUUGCCUAGCACAAGGCAUGUGCUCCCCAUCCGUUGUAUGUCUUUUUUACGGAAAAACUACCUUAUUCCGAUUUGGGGCUUCUACAAACCUUUGAAAAAAGGCUUUCAUCAGUUUGCGCACAAAUGAACCCGACCCGCUGAGUUGACUUAUUGUCUGGCAGCCAAUAAUUCGAAUUCGAAUUUAUGCCAACACUUUUAAAUCACUUGUAUUUCAAGAGAUAAACAUGUACCGGUAGUGUAGAAGAGAACUGUUUGCUCAAAGUUGGCAACACGUGUCCACAGCCUCCAAUUUUGUAAACAAAUGUGACUUGUCGUUUGCUUUAAUAGGUGAUUUCGUUUCCUUAAUUGGGGAGGCAUGCGAUUUACGUGUAACAUUAAUUGAAUGUUCCAAGCAAUUUCGAUUCACAUCGAGUAAGAGUUCCCCUUUUUCAGAACCUCGAUAGUCAACUCGCAAAGCUCGGUCCUAUACGUAACAUAUUUAUUUUUUAGAUAUUUUAGUAAAUUUGGGACUUGCAUCCUCACUUUUUGUUCAUCGUUGAUAAACUUACUUUUCAAUACAUGUCCCGUUAAAUAAAGAAAUUAAUGUAAAUAGACUUAAUUAACGUGUACGUACGGUUAAGCCAUUGUCCUUGCAAAAGUGGCUUUGUUGCUGUAGAAAGAAAAGUAAGAGUUUACAAACAAAAUUGUUAAAAUGAUUAUAGCGGUCUUAUGCUGUUUUGGUUUGUACCGUACGUGUUUGAUAUGAUUUCAUUCUACUUGUGCAAAGUUGAACACCUUGGCAAUAAAAAGCAGAUGUACUCUUA